CAAAUCUGUUCAUUUUGUCCCUCUCCCUAAAUUACCCUCUGCUCUCGAGACUGCAGAUCUCCUUGUUUCACAUGUUUUCAGGAUUCAUGGUAUUCCAGUGGACAUAGUUUCCGACAGAGGUCCACAAUUCUCGUCUCAAGUGUGGCGGGCUUUUUGCAGAGCCAUUGGUGCAACUUCCAGCUUAUCAUCCGGUUACCACCCUCAAUCUAACGGCCAGACAGAGCGGGCCAAUCAGGACUUGGAAGCAGCUCUCCGGUGUGUCUCUGCCAGACAUCCCUGCUCAUGGAGCAUCCAGCUGCCUUGUAUUGAAUAUGCCCACAACUCCCUCGUCAGCUCGGCCACAGGUAUGUCUCCAUUCAUGGCAGCUAAUGGUUUUCAACCUCCUCUAUUCCCCACCCAGGAGCGUGAGGCUGCUGUGCCUUCAGUCCGUGAGCACCUUCACAGAGUUCAUGAAGUAUGGAAAGCCACCCGAGCAGCUCUCACUCGAUCCACCCAGCGCAACAAGCUAUUAGCGGACAAACAUCGCUCUCCAGCCCCCCAGUACCACCCUGGUCAAAAGGUGUGGCUGUCCACACGAGAUCUCCCCCUGCAGUUGGAGUCGCGGAAGCUCGCCCCUCGCUACGUUGGCCCGUUUGAGGUUGAGAGGGUAAUUAAUCCAUCUGCUGUGAGACUAAGGUUGCCUGACUCUAUGAAUGUCCAUCCAACUUUUCAUGUGUCUCUGUUAAAGCCUGUGUCCUCCAGCACCCUUCUCUUUAAUUAUCAAUUAUAAUUAUCAUUAUGUGUUGAAAGUCCACAAAGAGAGUUUCAUUCCCCUUGAUGUCCCCUAGACCAUCUGUCCCCAUGGUGGCCUUCCAGUUCUCCUUGUUUUUCCCCACCUUGGAGAGACCUAAUGUCUUCCAUGGCUAUGACUACACUGCAGUGCACAACAUCUUCUAGGCUAGUUGCACUAGCUUCCCUUUCUGGUAUAGAGUUCUCACUUUUCAGCAUUCCAGUUUGGUCUCGAACUCAAGCAGGCUUUUCCUCCCUUGGCUUUUUUUUGGGGGUUUAGCCCAAUGGUCUCAUCUAUCUGUUGCAGCUUGAAUCAAAGAACAAUGUUUGAUCCGAGUUUUGGUUUCAGUCAUUUUGGUUACUGGUUCGGUGAUUGGCCAAAAUAGGGUAGUGUUAACCUGUCACCUAUAUCCUUCCAAUGCCUAGGUGUUCCAAAAGUAUUACAUCCCCACGCCACAUGGGGCCUGACAUUACAACAUGCAAGCUGUGUUAAACUGCAGGUGCUGACAUCCUCAGGAGUAUGGUGCCAAAAUAAGUAAUAAUUAGUCCACAAAUGAUUAGUGAAAAUUUGACUUUUUAAGAGUGAAAGGAUGGAUGUCAGUCUCACUUCUGUGUGUUAAAUACAGAUUUAAAGUCAGGAUGUAAUCAAGCAAGCUUGACAAAGAUUGGAAACAGCUGUGGCUCUGUCCAAAGUUCACAGUGCCUUUUGCUAUUUCUUACACGGGACUCACACCGAACGCGGAACGGAAGCGGAACGGCAGUGCCGCGGUACUUUGCCCGGCGCCAACUCACACCGGACGCGGAUCAGCCGCGGAACGGCAGCGGAGCGCCAGCCGUAUUCACGCGAGAAUACAGAAUGUACGCGAGACCGCGAGAUCCCGCGAUAGACUGUGUGUAUAAAGGAAACAGCAACAACAAACAGCUGACUUUGCUUCUCCGGCGACCAAGAACAGUUGAUCUGGCUAUCUAUCCUCAAUUUUUUGCUUCUACCAUGGUGCCUGUCAGCAGAAGGAGAACACUUGCAUUAGUUCUCUUACUUGUAGGACUGCAAAGGAGGGGAAGAGGGAGCCGAGUUUGGGUUCAUUCCCUCAACCAGCAGAGAAGACGACAAGGCGAUUUUUACCAUCUGGUGGCUGAACUGAGGCUGGACAGUCAACGCCACCAUCAGUAUUUUAGAAUGAGUGCAGAGCAAAUGGAUGAACUGCUAGCCCUCAUCGGCCCUGAAGUGACCAGGCAAAGCACGAACUACAGAGCUGCCAUAGAACCUAAGCAGAGACUGGCUGUAGCACUAAGGUACAUGGCUUCUGGGGAUUCACUAGUGAGUCUGGCAUAUAGCUACCGUCUGGGGCACAGUACAGUAAUAAACUCAGUCCACAUGGUGUGUGCUGCCAUUGAGACAACCAUGAUGGAGAGGUUCCUACCCAGGCCAACACAAGACACAUGGGAGGAAGUGGCUGAUGGCUUCUGGAAGAAGUGGAAUUUUCCAAACUGCCUGGGAGCAAUAGACGGGGAAGCAUGUGACCAUCCAAGCCCCACCAUUGACUGUUAGUCAGUAUUUUAACUAUAAGAAAACUUUCUCCAUAGUGCUUUUGGCACUUGUGGACUCGAACUACAGGUUCAGGGUCAUUCAAGUGGGAGACUUCGGAAGGACCAGUGAUGGUGGUGUAUAUGCUGGGUCAGCUCUGGGGAGAGGAAUGGAGACCAAAACGCUUGAUGUCCCACCCAGUACCUCUCUGCCUGGCGCUGCUCACCUGGGUGAUGUGCCACAUGUCAUGGUGGGUGAUGCGGCCUUCCCACUGAGGACAUAUCUCAUGAGACCAUACCCUGGAAAGAACCUCAAUCACCAGAAGAGGAUAUUUAACUACAGACUUUCCAGGGCAAGGAUGGUGGUUGAGAAUGCUUUUGGCAUUCUGUCCUCCAGGUGGAGAAUACUGCAUCGCAGAAUCAACCUGCAUCCUAAACAUGUGGACACCCUCGUUAUGGCUACAUGUAUUCUCCAUAACUUCCUGCUUGUCCCAAGAGAGACUGUGGGCUUGCUGGCGGAGGCAGAGCAACAGAGGAGAAACCUGCCACCAGUACGUAACAUGGGAGGAAACAGGGCCUCAAGAGAGGCCUGUAAUGUGAGGGAGAUCUUCUCCACCUAUUUCAACUCCCCACUAGGCAGUGUGUCUUGGCAGGACAGGAUGGUGUGAAAGACAAAAGUGUGGAAAACGUGUAUAUUUGUAAAUAUGUCUUCUGUUUUUCAGAUGUUUUUUUUUUUUUUUUUAUCAUGCUCAUUGGAUUUGUAUUGUUCUGUUGUUCUAAAGAUGUCAUCAUUUACUGUAAGUAAAACAUUUAAAGUC